AUGGCUGCUGAAGUAGUUGACGUUGUCGUUGUGGGGACUGGCUGGAAUGGCCUCAUUUCCGCAAAGACAUAUCUCGACCUCAAAGAAGAUGCAAACAUCAUCCUCAUCGAUGAGCAAGCCUGCAUUGGGGGUGUCUGGAGCGAGGAGAAGAUAUAUCCCAGUCUUUUCGCGCAAAUCAAGUAUGGAUUGUUUGAAUACUCUUUCUAUCCAAUGCGCCGAGAAGGCAUCACGGGAGAUGGAUAUAUAUCAGGUGCAACGAUCAACACAUAUCUGAACGAAUUCGCUCGCGACUACGACUUGAUUAGACGAACCCGCUUGAAUACCAAAGUAAUCAAGUUGGAACGCCUGCCAGAUGAUGGUACCGGUGCUACCUGGAAACUCAUCUUGGAUGGCGACAAACGACCCAUCGAGUGUGAAAAGCUCAUUUACGCCUCGGGAGCCACUUCGCAUCCUGUCAUGCCGACUUGGCCGAACCAAUCAGGCUUUGAGACUCCAAUCAUCCAUUCUGCAGAAACAGGACUGCAUCUUGAAUCACUGAAUAAGAUCCAGCGGGCAACUGUACUGGGCGGCGCCAAAUCCGCGUAUGAUACUGUCUUCUUGCUGCUUAGCAAAGGAAUACAGGUAGACUGGAUCAUCCGUGAUGAUGGCACUGGGCCGUUAGCUAUAAUGCCACCUACGAUUCUCGGCCUUGUCAACUCCAUGGAUGUGAUUUCAACGAAGGCUAUGGCUAUGUUCGGGUCCAGCAUCAUGCAGACCAAAGGCGUGGCUUAUCAAUUUCUUCAAAAGACACGCCUAGGACGAGCCAUCGCGAGGGUGUUUUGGAGUACAGUCACCAAGAUUGCCGAUGCCCAUGCUGGAUACGCAAAAUCUCCCAAUGCGAAGAAGCUCCGACCACUUCCCCACGGCAAUGGCAUAUUCUGGGCUAAUGCAGGACUCGGCUGCGCCAGCGUCCCAGACUUUUGGAAAGUAUUUCAUGAAGGCCAUUGCUCGGUGCAUAGAACCGGUAUCGAGUCGUUCAAUGGCAGUAACACGCUCGUUCUAGAGAACGGGACCUGUUUGGAGACGGACUUCGUCAUUCUCUGCACCGGCUUUGACAAAUCCUACCAGCCAUUCGGGCCGGAGUUACAAAUUGAACUGGGGCUGAAACCGGACCCGGACUCUCAAGACCAAGCAAAAUGGUCCGAGCUGGAUGCCCGCGCCGAGGUAACCGUUAAUGACUUACUUCCUGCUCUGAAACACUCUCCGGUUCCACCAUCCCCGCAUGAGCCAAGAUCUAAAUCGGGCAUGGGUUCCGAGACAAGGCCCCACCAUGGCCCGAGCCGCCACUUCCGGCGCCUUAUCGUGCCGAGACUCGCCGCUGAGAAGGACCGUUCCAUCUACUUUCCAGGCUUCAUUCACUCCAUUUACACCCCAUUGGUUUCAGAAGUGCAGGCAUUGUGGGGCUGCGCAUUCCUGCUCGACCUUGUUGAUCUCCCAUCUCAAGAAGAGAUGGAAAAAGAAGUGGCUGAGUGGAAUGUGUGGACCCGCAAGCGAUACCUUGCGCAGGGGCGAAAGCAUGCAUACGCAAUAUACGACUUUCUUCAUGUGAGUCACAAUAUUUGGAUUCUCGUGAUCUUCAUUCUUCAUGCAAAUCAACAUAUUGACAAGACUUAG